AGCCCUAGUCCCUGCUGCCUCUGUUAUUGCAGCCAAAGGCUGGGAGUAGCAGCAGCGACAAGGGCAGCUCUGGCUGUGCGAGGGGCUUCGCGCAGUGCAGCUUCCCGGGUGCGUGCGGGGAGAGCGCUGGAGCCCCUUCCGCAGAGCCUGGCCAUGCACAGGGAUUCAGCCGCCGCCUCCACCAGCAGGAACUUUCCUGGCAGGAGCCUAAUGGCUGCGAAGGGGGAAAUCUAAGAACAAAGUCUUCGCCUCCAGCCCAGGCGCCGGGGAGAGGGAGAUCCGGCAGCAAUGAGCCCAGGGGCUGCUUGGCACUGAUGUCUCCGUGCCUCCCCCCGGCGGGAGGACUGAGAAUCCCUGGCUUACCUUCCUGCUCCUCCCCUGGGGCACAGCCGAGCGAGUGAGCGAGGCAGGGGCGGCAGAGGGGCAGCGGCUCCCCCGGGGGUGCUUUGAAACUGACUUCGAAACUUCCACGGGGCCAGGGCUCCCCGGCCCGCCGGUCGCACCCCGCCGCCUCCCCACCCGCCGGCGUUCCCACGGAGAGCCCGUUUGGCCGCGGGUUUGGGGGAGUGUGUGAAUUUUUAAACUCUCCCCUGCCGGUGUCAUGGCGGUGAAAGGGGCUGCGGCAGGUACCGGAAUGUUGUUAGUAACAGCCAACGUUGGAUCCCUCUUUGAUGAUCCAGAAAAUUUACAGAAGAAUUGGCUUCGGGAAUUUUAUCAGAUUGUACAUACACACAAGCCACACUUUAUGGCUUUACAUUGUCAAGAGUUUGGUGGAAAAAACUAUGAAGCUUCCAUGUCUCAUGUGGACAAGUUUGUUAAAGAAUUGUUAUCAAGUGAUGCAAUGAAAGACUAUAACAGAGCCCGGGUUUACCUGGAUGAGAACUACAAGUCACAGGAACAUUUUACGGCUCUAGGAAGCUUUUACUUCCUUCAUGAAUCCUUGAAAAACAUCUACCAGUUUGAUUUUAAAGCCAAGAAGUAUAAAAAGGUUACUGGCAAAGAAAUCUACUCAGAUACAUUAGAAAGCACACCCAUGCUGGAAAAAGAGAAGUUUCCACAGGAUUAUUUCCCUGAGUGUAAAUGGUCCAGAAAAGGCUUCAUUCGCACAAGAUGGUGUAUUACUGAUUGUGCCUUUGACUUGGUAAACAUUCAUCUUUUCCAUGAUGCUUCCAAUUUAAUUGCUUGGGAAACAAGCCCAUCGGUUUACUCAGGAAUACGACAUAAGGCUCUUGGUUAUGUACUUGAUAGAAUUAGAGAUCAGCGGUUUGAGAAGGUUUCAUAUUUUGUGUUUGGAGAUUUCAACUUUCGACUGGAUUCCAAAUCAGUAGUAGAGACACUUUGUACAAAGGCUACAAUGCAGACUAUCCGAGCAGCUGACACCAAUGAAGUAGUCAAGCUAAUAUUCCGUGAAUCUGAUAAUGACCGAAAGGUUAUGUUACAGUUAGAAAAGAAGCUCUUUGACUAUUUUAAUCAAGAUGUUUUUAGAGACAACAAUGGCACUGCGCUUUUAGAAUUUGACAAAGAGCUGUCUGUCUUUAAAGAUAAAUUGUAUGAACUGGACAUCUCAUUUCCACCCAGUUAUCCAUACAGUGAAGAUUGUAGCCAGGGAAAGCAGUACAUGAAUACUAGAUGUCCAGCUUGGUGUGAUAGAAUUCUGAUGUCGCAUUCAGCCAAGGAACUGAUUCUAAAAUCAGAAAAUGAUGAGAAGAUAGUGAUUUAUGACCAUAUUGGGCCAAAUGUCUGCAUGGGGGAUCACAAGCCUGUGUUCCUGUCCUUUCGAAUAGCUGCUGGGGCAGGAAAAAGAUGCCCUCGAAAUGAGAAGAUCUUUCGUGAAACCACCCUGUAGCAUGGAGGAGGAAAGAAUAAGCAGUAUAUUGAAAUGCAUAAUCCUAACAGCUGUAUUGAUAAAUCAAGUCUUGAGUGCCACAUUUUUAGACUGCUGAUCGUACACUAUGCUUCAGCAUCUGGACUCUGUUCGGGAAAAGCCUCACAUACCUCACUGUCUUGUAUGUUCAUGUGACAUCAAGUAGAAAUGUGGAAUUAUAUAUAUAUAUAUAUAAAAAAUAUGUCACGGUUCUGUUGCCAAAACUCUAAUAGACAGCAGAGAUGUUCUGUAUUUUAGAUUUCACAAUUUUCAACUUUUAAUAAGUGUUUGUCAAUGUGGAAAAGCUACUUCAGCACAUUUUAAACUUUUAAAGGUGUCAUGCCUAACAUUAUAUAUCUGUACCAUUUGGGGGUUUUGUACAUUGGAUUAUAUAGAUAGAGAUUUUGAUGGUUUUAAAUGGUAUUUUCUUCAUUGACCAAGGCUUAUGGUUUGUUUUAGUUUUAGAAUUUUGUUUUGUUUUUCAUUUUUUAUAGAUUUUUUUUCCUCAUGUUAUUUACUAUUCUGCCAUGUAACAUGGUUUUGAAUCACACAGCAGCUGCUUUCUAUACAUACAUAUGUGUGUGUCUAUAUAUAUAUAUGUAUGUGUGUGUAUAUAUACACAGAUAUAUAAAUAAUUUAUAAACCUUACCAAAACGUAUGCUAAAUAUACUUUCCAUUAUGACUGCUUGAGAGUGCCAUAUCAGCAAUUAGUGUUGGAGUCUAGCAGUUUUAGUUAAGUGAACAUCAACAAUCAACAUUUAUAAAACAAAUAAUAUAUAGCAGUGCCAUCAUCAAUACAGAUAUAUAGUAUACUAUAUAGCACAUAUAUUAGCAGUUUCACUUUGUUACUCCUAUAAUACCUUCUUUCUAAGUACUAUUAAGGACUGAAUGUGAAGUCUCUAGUUAGAUUUGGGUGUACCUUUCAAGAAUUUUGUAAACUGUUUUUGUCUGUCUUUUGUUACUGUUUUAUGGUGCCAAGUAUUGUAUAUUAAAACAAUAACAACAUGGGAGAAGAAAAUUAGAAGUCUGUUUCAGAUAGCAUCUGCACCCAACACAGACUGUAUUUAUACAAAGUGUUAGCGAAAAGGACUGUAAAUUUUCUUACUUAGUAGCUAUGUGCAACCUGCAACAUAACCUUGUUAUGAACAUUUUUCUCCCACCACAAAGUACAACAUUAAAAGGUGAUUAGAGAGUCUGUUGAUGAAACACAAAUGUAUGUUUUAUUGAUUUAAUUUAGAACACUACAGAGUUCAUGGACUGUGUGAUGGCAUUAGAUUGAUGCUUGAUUUUGGUAUAAAUCACUACCAUUGAAAAUGAUUUGAUGUCCGCUUGCAGAAUUUGUUUUCACGACAAUACAGUCUAGGUUUGUAUUAAGUACUGUUGUUCAUAGGGUUUCUGCAGCUCUGUAAUGUCAAUGUGCCAUGUUGCAAUAUAACCACCUGGUAAUUCUAUUUAACACAAAUAGAGAUUCAACUCAUGGUAACUUUGAAGGCCUUUAGAAAUGAGUACUCUGGUUCUCAAGCAAUAAAUCUGAUCAUAAUGAAAAA